AUGAAGUGGUUCGCAUCUCUCGUUGCUUUCGUCGCUGUCCAGGCUGCUGUUGCCUCUCCCAUCGAGAAACGCGCCUCUACAAAUGAUGUCGCGAAUGUAGGUUAUGCGACUCUCAACGGAGGAACAUCCGGUGGCUCUGGAGGAACUGUAACUACGGUUACCACCCUUGCUGCUCUUACCAGUGCGGUUACAGGCGACGCGAAGAAGAUUGUCAUCAUCUCUGGUACUAUCACUGGCAACACAGUUGUCAAGGUUGGAUCCAACACUUCAGUGUUAGGUGCUAGGGGAUCCGCCCUCAACGGCGUUGGACUGCGCGUCCUCUCGGUCUCGAACGUUAUCAUUCGUAACGUUAAGAUUUCAAAAGUCCUCGCAGAAGUUGGGGAUGCCCUUGGUAUUCAAGAUGCACACCAAGUCUGGAUUGACCACGCCGAUCUCUCCAGUGACCGUGACCAUGACAAGGUCUAUGACGGCCUUCUCGAUAUCACUCAUGGCUGCACUGGUGUCACUGUCUCCAACAGCAAGCUCUAUGACCACUGGAAGGCUUCCCUCGUCGGACACUCCGACAGCAACGGCGCCGAGGAUACCCCCAUUACUGUCACUUACGUCGGUAACUACUGGAGUAACCUUAACUCUCGUACACCCUCUUUCCGCUUUGGACACGGUCACAUCUUCAACAACUUCUUCGAGAACAACAGUGACGGUAUCAACACUCGUGAUGGGGCUCAGCUCUUGGUUGAGAACAACGUCUGGGUUGCUCCUAAGAAACCUCUCUAUUCUACAGACGGUGGCUUUGCUGUAGCCAAAGGAAACGACUUUGCUGGUGGAGAAAACACAGCUCCUGUCGGAAACUUUAACACUGCACCAUACUCUUACAGUUUAAUUGCUGUCGGCAGUGUCAAGUCUUCCGUCACUGCCAACGCGGGACAAACCUUGACCUUCUAA